UUCAGCCAGCUCACUGCCUCUGGUAGCUACAACUCGAACAGAGAGAGAGAGAGAGAGAGCAAGGUAGUUCAGGAAAUUGAAACCGCUUCUUUUUUUCACUCGUCUCUUUUAAAACUUUCCGUCCAGCCUCUCUCACUCUCACUUCUGUGUUGACAGUCACUUGAAAGUUUGACAAACUUCGUAGCAAUGCGGUGACCACAGUGCAACAGGGUGCAGGAAGAUAGAUAUCAGGACAGAAGAGGAAAAAAGUACACCGGGACACUGACACCCCUUCUCGGCUCACUGGUUUGGGGUCUCUGCCGCAGGACAGAAGGGGACAAACUGCCACCUGCCUCCCCUGCAGCUGUGUGUGAGAACAAAAAGUCAACUAGAAGAGCCGUGAGCCUGCGGUAUUCUGGACCGGCAGUGCAUGUGGUUUGUGCAUCUCCACUGGUUGUCUGAACAAGCAAUCAUCUCCUCUUUGUCAGGUGCCACAAGGUGAAGUCAGUAUAGAGUGAGCAGGAGCCCUGAGAUGGCGACGCAGGGGCUGGCGGCCCGGCUCUUGGUGCUGCUGGCCGUGUUGGCGGUGGCUCAUGCCUCCAUCUUCCAGUCCAAUCAGAGACUGAAACCUCGAUUCCAGCGAGACCGGCGCAACAUCCGUCCCAACAUCAUCCUCAUCCUCACUGAUGACCAGGACAUUGAAUUAGGCUCCCUGCAAGUCAUGAAUAAGACCCGGCGGAUCAUGGAACAGGGUGGAACGCACUUCUCCAAUGCAUUUGUCACCACGCCCAUGUGCUGUCCGUCACGCUCCUCCAUGCUGACGGGGAAAUACGCCCACAACCACAACACCUACACCAACAACGAGAACUGCUCUUCCCCCUCCUGGCAGGCCCAACAUGAGCCGCGCACUUUUGGAGUUUACCUCAACAGCACUGGCUACAGGACAGCAUUCUUUGGGAAGUAUCUGAAUGAGUAUAAUGGGACUUACAUUCCACCGGGAUGGAAGGAGUGGGUCGCCAUGGUGAAGAAUUCCCGCUUCUACAACUACACUCUGUGCAGGAACGGUGUCCGAGAGAAACAUGGAUUUGAAUACUCAAAGGACUACCUGACAGAUCUCAUAACCAAUGACAGCAUCAGUUACUUCCGCAUGUCAAAGAAGAUCUACCCUCACCGACCCAUCAUGAUGGUGAUCAGUCACGCCGCCCCUCAUGGCCCGGAGGACUCAGCCCCUCAGUACACCACUGCCUUCCCCAACGCUUCACAGCACAUAACGCCCAGUUAUAACUACGCCCCUAAUCCAGACAAACACUGGAUUAUGCGCUACACCGGCCCCAUGAAGCCCAUUCACAUGGAGUUCACCAACAUGCUGCAGCGCAAGAGACUGCAGACGCUGCUGUCCGUGGAUGACAGUGUGGAGAAGAUAUACAACAUGUUGGUGGACACUGGGGAGCUGGAGAACACAUACGUGAUCUACACGGCUGACCACGGAUACCACAUCGGUCAGUUCGGACUGGUCAAGGGGAAAUCUAUGCCCUACGAGUUUGACAUCAGAGUUCCCUUUUACAUCCGCGGCCCAAAUGUGGAGGCAGGAGGCAUCAACCCCCACAUCGUGUUGAACAUAGACUUGGCGCCCACCAUCCUGGACAUCGCAGGGAUGGACGUUCCCCCAGACAUGGACGGCAAGUCCAUCCUCAAGCUGCUGGACACAGACCGCAUGAUGAACAGGUUCCAGCUCAACAAGAAAGGAAAAGUGUGGCGGGACUCGUUCCUGGUGGAGAGAGGAAAACUGCUGCAUAAAGUGUUGAAUGAUGAGAAAGAUAUGGCCCAGGAGGAAAACUACCUGCCCAAAUACCAACGUGUUAAAGACCUGUGCCAGCGCGCAGAGUACCAGACGCCAUGUGAACAGCUCGGUCAGAAGUGGCAGUGUAUUGAAGACGCCACGGGGAAGCUGAGGUUGUCUAAAUGCAAAGGCAUGGCCAGUGUGUCUGCAGUGCGGAAGCCGUCUGUAUCCAGCAUCAAAUCACAGAUUUAUCUGCAGAGCAUGGGCGCUGAUGUCAGCGUGAACUCUGAGCCUCAAGGCUGCAACUGUGAACCCACAAGCUACAGACCGAGCACCUUCUCCAAGAAUAAACUCUUCUCCAAAAAGAAACUGAAGUCACUGAAGAGCUACUCCAGGAAGCGCUUUGCCCGCGCUGUUUCGAUGGAGAUGGGAGGAGACCUGUACGCAGUGGACCUGGAUCAUGAAUACAGGCCCUCGGGCCCCAGGAACCUCAGCCUCAGGCAGAACACAGCGGACGAGGACGAGUUCAGCGGUGUGGGACCCACUGCAGUCAGCCAGACCAACAACAGCCUCACUGUGCCCUCCUCUAUUAAAGUCACUCACAGAUGUUCCAUUUUGGCCAAUGAUACAGUAAAAUGUGACGUUGGUCUGUACAAAUCGCUGCAAGCAUGGAAGGACCACAAGCUACACAUCGACCAUGAGAUCGAAACACUCCAGACGAAGAUUAAAAACCUUCGUGAGGUCAGAGGUCACCUGAAAAAGGCUCGACCUGAAGAGUGUGACUGCAACAAAUACUAUUACAAAUCCAAGUACAAGAGUAAGCUGAGGAAAUACAAAGCAGGAGGUGUCCAUCCCUUCAGGAAAGGACAGGAGAAGGAUAAGAAGGCCUGGUUGUUGCUGGAACAAAAGCGCAGGAAGAAGCUGAGGAAGUUACUGAAGCGCCUGCGUAACAAUGACACCUGCAGCAUGCCUGGCCUCACCUGCUUCACACACGACAACCAGCACUGGCAGACCGCUCCCUUCUGGACACUGGGGCCGUUUUGUGCGUGCACUAGUGCCAAUAAUAACACCUACUGGUGCAUGAGGACCAUUAAUGAGACACACAACUUCCUGUUCUGUGAAUUUGCCACUGGAUUUCUGGAGUACUUUGACAUCAACACGGAUCCGUAUCAGUUGGUGAAUGCAGUGAACACACUGGACCGGUUUGUUCUCAAUCAGCUGCAUGUUGAGCUCAUGGAGCUCCGGGGCUGUAAGGGACACAAGCAGUGUAACCCUCGCACACGCAGCCUCGACUUCGAGGACAGAUAUGGGAAGGAUGGGAAGGAUAACUCCUGGAACGAGGGUGCCCCGGAAGACACCAACAUGUUUCCCGGCGAACCAAACUGGUCCGACCUUGAACCUUUGUACAGACUUGAUGAGCACGCCUACGAUCUCAAACUCAACUUCACCCUCAGCCUUGAAGACUGGGCUCAUUUCAGCCGCUCAGUGGACCACAUGUUCACGCUCCUCAGCAACGACAACCAGCCGUAUUCUCCGCCCCGCCAUGACGACGGACAAACAGGAAGAGGCCACGCCCUGGUGUCCUCCAGCCAAUCCGCUACAGCCAUCUACCUGACCACUCUGGCCACGCCCGCUCUUUUAUUAAAGGAAGCUGGCGCUGAGGUCUUAAGAGACGCUUUGGGGCUAAACCAAGUGGAACGUCCCUCUUCUUCUCCUCCUUCGCCUUCAUCACAUCCCUUGAGACCUGAGCAGGUGGACAAUGCGGCCAGGGACACUCCUCUUGGAGAACUGAAAGAGGACAGACAGAGAGAAGAGGAAGAGGAGGAGUUUGUUCAGAGACGGACAGAAAGGUUAAGCUCCACCCACUGUGACUGCAAUGACAUUUUGCAGGAAACGGUUUGACUCUCACGUAACAUUCCUCUCUCAUACCGUCCCUCCUCAGAAGGACAUCGCAGAAAACUUCUCAAUUUGAUGGAAGUGGAGAAAGAGGAUGUUUAAUGCCAGCGUACAGUCCUUUGGUUUGUUUUUCUUUUCCCAUAUGUUCCCUCGCUCCAUUAUCAACUGGCCUCAGAGGCGCGGCGACACCCAGCGACAUUUCCAUUUACAGUGGGACUGUUUUCCCAACUUGUCCAUGAGAUCGGCUAGGCUUUGAACAGAACACAUUUUUAUCUUUUAACUUAGAUGCUUUACUCUGUUUUUAUUCUUUCACCAUUUUUUGAUGGGUUUUUUGAAGGUUGGGGGUUAAAAUUCAUAGCAGUAAAACUUCACAAGGAUUGAGUUGUUGUGACCAUUCAUACUUGAUUCAGUUUGAAACUAGUUUUGCACCAAUAAUUCUUGAUGGCUGCUUUUCUCAUUCUCAUAACUUCACUGAACAACACCUCAAACAGGUCAAUGACGAAUGUGUGUUUUGUGUGUGUGAACACGCUGUCAAAUGUAGUCAAAAGUGAAUCGGAGUGUGAUAAAACAGAUCAUUCUGAUUUCAUUUGUUGCUGUUAUUUAGUUUAAUCUUAAAUAUUGGACAGAAUUUUUUUUUUUUUUUUUUGGUUCAAUAGAAAUAAAAUCUAAAUUUCUUAAAAUUUCUUUGCUGUUAUUGCAGCAUAAUGAGUUGAACCAACUAACCACCAAAAUAGAAAAGAAAGAAAAACUGUUAAUUUGAUGAAUCAGUCCUUAUUUGUAUUUAACAAAAUCGUAUGUUUUCCCCCAAGCACAUAAGAAAUUUUGAUGUACCGAACAUGCCGCAUUUGUCGUAUUUGUACGCUUGUUCUUGUUCUUAAAACUUUUGCUAUACACAAUGCUACUAAUAUCAGAGCAAAUAUAUGAAAUGGAUGUAUGUAUUUUAAUGUGUUUGCAAUGUAAAUGGUUAAAGGAUAUUUUUUAUUACACAUUUGAAGCUAAACUGACCGCUAGACAUAAAGAUUUCACUCCAGCUUCAGGUUUAUUUAUGCAGCAUAUUUUUAACAGUUCUUUAAUACACAUAUUCAGUUUUUUUAUGGUGACAUAUCUAAGAUUUUUUAAAUUAUUAAUCCACCUUCCUGAUGUAUUUCAUCCAUCCCUGUUUUGAGUUUGGUUCUUUGAUGAUUGUGAUUCUAUUCUUCAAGAGGGUAAUAAUCUGAUCCCUGAUCAGUCCACUUACUCUGGGAUACUUCAUCAGUGCAGUUCAUUGCUCACAUAUUUCAUAUCAAUGUACAACAUCCACCCCUCACCUCUCGUGGCUGUACUAAAAGCAGUUUUGUCUGAGAUUGUGUAUGGUUGUUUUAAAACCACCAUAAUUAUUGUAAAGAUGUACUGUGCAUAAACUGGAGGAUAGGAGACAACUCGGAGAGAAGGAGAAAUUUCCCUUUGGCACUCUCAAAGGGAUGGCUGUUUGUGGAAUAGGAAUUGAAAAAAUGAUAAGAUUAAAAGAUAAGAUUUUAACAAAGUCUUGUACAGUCCUAUAGAUUUAUCAUACCUAUAUUUUUGAUUUUGGUUUACCAGUGAACAUUUGAUAGUGCUCAUUACUUUGUGAAUAAAGUGUUGAAUGCCCAAA